GGCACUCAAUACCUCUGCCAAAUGCUUCUUUCUCCUCCUCUCAAGAACGAUCUAUUAAACCUGUAUCCCCUCCAACGUCGCAUCAACGUCAACUUGCAGAUCGCCGGAGGAAAUGUCCCAGAGGACCCACCUCCGCCGGGGGCUCAUGACCCACCAUCGGCCCCAAGUUUCGGGAGCUUCAUUGUAGGGCUCCGGCUAACGCUAACGUCUGUUUGUCGUGAGCCGUACAUAGUAAGCGAUCGACCUUGGAACAAGGCAGGCCUGUUUCAAACCCGACCUUUGAGCCUAUGAUAAUCUCUUUUGUCGUGUCUGGAGAGGCUAUUCCUUUGUACAUUGGUGGUAUGUUUUGUCGCGUGAGCCUCGUCUUUUGCCCCUCCUCCAAUUACAUGGUAACGUGUUGCUGAUCAUCCCCAAAAGAUGAGAGGUAUGCGUCACUAGGAGCGCGCGUAUAACAUCACGUCGAGCCCAACAUUGACGACGGCCUCAUCCAGAUAAUGAUAGCGCGAACCGCCCUCGAUAGCUUUACCAGAGACUCACGAAUGCAUAUGCCAUCGCCGCCAGCAUGGCUCAACGAUAUAUCUCGAAUAACCUUCCUCCCCAAAAACUCGGCUCGGAUCCCAAAGAACUCCUCACAUAUGCUCUUGAACUCGUCGUACGACAUACGCCGCCUCGUGAGGUCUACCAUGAACGCCAUCUUGGCGGUCUCUUCACCGGGUACACUGGUCUUGCUUACCUGUUCCUUCAACUGUCCGAACUAUACCCAGAUCUGAAAAUCUCUGGCCAAGACUUGCCAUCUUGGGCGAAACGCUACCUGGAAGGAGACCGUGGAAAGUUGACCCUGGAGAAGGGCAACUGCGGCAUCUCGUCCGAGAAACUAUCCUUCGAAGCAGUGAGAGCGUGCAUAACCAAAGAGGAUGAUCACUUGAUAACCUUCCUGAGCAACAUACCAAUACUUCUUGGUCCCUAUACGAGCCCCCAAGAAGAUGCUUUUCCAUCAGAGAUACCCUACGGGCGGGCAGGUGCACUAUACAUGUUGCGCAUGGUGAAACACUGGGUUCCCAGGAGCGAGAGUCUCGUAGAAUCUCCGAUUAAGAGACUUACAGAGCGUAUCAUGGCCACUGAUGACGACGGCAGGGGUAAUUGGGAGUGGCAUGGGAAGAGGUACUUUGGAGCAGCUCAUGGUGACAUAGGUAUCAUCACACAGCUCGUUCUUUCAAACUCAUCGCUCGCUCCACAACUUACACGACGCGUGGAAAAGCUUCUUGAGCUUCAGAGUCCUGACGGGAAUUGGCCGUCGAGCCUGCGGAGCCUCAAGGAGGGCAAAGGCGCAAGUCUCAUUCAGUGGUGCCAUGGUGCUCCUGGUUUCUUGUAUUCGCUGACGUCCCUGCGCCCCUAUUUUCCCGACUUGCAAGAUCGUAUCGACUCAGCCGUCGAGAAAGGUCAGAGCAUAACCUGGAGACAUGGUCUUCUCACCAAGGAACCAUGCUUGUGCCAUGGAAUUUUUGGAAACGCAUUGGUACUUCCCCGUGGACCUAAUCGACAACACUUCCUUGCACUGGCCACCGCUGAUGCAGUGGAGAAAGUGCGUCGACAUGAUCCAAAUUUAUUCGAAUCUGCAUCUUAUGGUCACAAAGCCGCAGUCCUCAUGAAUUAUCUGCCGAGUGCCGCGUGGACAUGGGCUGUUUGCGAGCAAGAGCACCCCCGGCUUAUUAUGUACAAUGAUGUGUAGUGCAUGGGAGUAGUCUGGUGGUUUGAUACUUCUUCAUGGGUACAUGACUGUUGUUGCAGCUUGGUGAUUCAAGAGCGAUAUCAUGUCGACAACGAUGUCUUUUUUCCCUGUUGCAUCCACUUUUCCAUAAUGAAUUAAUGAUUCAAUAUCUUUGAUCCGAAAUGGACGUGGGAUGUAACUGUCAGUCGUGAUCAAAGUGGGUGCUUAGCCGAGGAUAUAGAACUCUAGAAUACCACCAGACUUUCACGAGCUCGGCCAUUAGAAUCUUGAUUUACAAGCCCCAUAGUUUCAAGCGAGAGGCAAUAUCUGAGCUCAACCAAUCUCUUGGCCAGAUAAGGAUGCAAACGAUCUCGAUGGCGAGAGACAAGAAGCCAGACAUGGCCUUGCGUGAUAAGCCUUCCGGGGGUGGUUCGUGAGGAGGAUCCGCACUCACGUUGCGAUACGUCCACAGCAAUGGACCCAUAGCUCGGACGUUACUGGAGAAUGAUCGGAAUUGGACGCCUUUCAGGGAUGAGGCUUGUUUGAAGUUGUUCCAUGGGAUUUCUAUUUUGUGUGAAACGACUUGUAAUUGGUCCCUGUUUGGCGGAUUUAAUGACAGACACGUUAAAUUUGCGGCUGAACCUUCUUGGGGCUUGUCUUACAGACGAGGAAAACCUCAACACCGAAGUCCGUAGAACAAGAACUGAGAAUCAUGGCGAGCUUCGAUGUCCCAUUGAGUCCCAUUUUUCCAAGAGAGUCAUCGAAAGACCCGUUUUAUAAAGAUAUUCAUCGGCCUAGCCGACAAGCCCUGAGAUUUCAAAGUCAUGGCCAUGUGAAAUUGCUUGUGAUUCCUUGUGACAGUGGUAGAGCACAGAGUUUUUCUGGUGAUCAAACAUUUCAUCAGGUGCAAUGCCAAGCUCAGCUCAGAUCAUAGGGCUUGAGGCUCAUAUCAUACGACGUUGGCAACGGAGAUUACCUGGCGUCGGGCUGUGAUGCGGUUUUCGGCCGAGUACCUUCGAAUUGCUGCAAGUCUUCCGCUCCACCCCGGCAAGGUGGGGCCGAGGAACCGGGACGAAAAGACGCCAGACCCAAGGGGCUCUUGAGCCUCUUGGGAGCCUCUUAUGGGGCGUCCUGGAAGAGUUUAGUGAGGCGAAAAGAAGUGUCAAAGGGACAGGCUAGGAAAGACGACGGCUUGGAUUCAUGAAUAGAUUGGUAAUAUGUGAAGUAAUGAUGGGCCUGGGCUUGUGCAUGCAGCCUCGAGAUGAAUAAUCACGAGCAACUAACGUUACGUCUCCAUUUGAAGGAGAUUGCCAGGGAUUGUGUCUGAUAAUCGGAACAUGAAAACGAAAAUGGAGAAGGGGGUGUAAGUGUAAGCGGGCUCUCGCCCUCAGAAGAGCACAGGCUCACUUCAGUUCAGUUAAAUGCAUUUGAUGCGAUGCGAUGCCAUGGGUAUUGAGGCAUUUCUCGACAUGCCGACUUUGGUCCAUAUGCUGUUGUUUUCUCAAUUGCAAAGCGAACAUGGAUAUGACGUUCCAGCUUCCUGAU